CGCCGCCGCCGCCGCCCUCCCGCCGGACGCGAAGAUGCUGGAGCUGCGGCUGGUGCAGGGGAGCCUGCUGAAGAAGGUGCUGGAGGCGAUCAAGGAGCUGGUGACGGACGCCAACUUCGACUGCUCCGGCACCGGCUUCUCGCUGCAGGCCAUGGACUCCUCCCACGUCGCGCUCGUCGCCCUCCUCCUCCGCUCCGAGGGCUUCGAGCACUACCGCUGCGACCGCAACCUCUCCAUGGGCAUGAACCUCGGCAACAUGGCCAAGAUGCUCCGCUGCGCCGGCAACGACGACAUCAUCACCAUCAAGGCCGACGACGGCUCCGACACCGUCACCUUCAUGUUCGAGUCGCCCAAUCAGGAUAAGAUUGCCGACUUCGAGAUGAAGCUCAUGGACAUCGACAGCGAGCACCUCGGCAUCCCCGACUCGGAGUACCAGGCCAUCGUCCGCAUGCCGUCCUCCGAGUUCUCCAGGAUCUGCAAGGACCUCAGCAGCAUCGGCGACACCGUUAUUAUCUCUGUCACCAAGGAGGGUGUCAAGUUCUCCACUGCUGGAGACAUUGGGACUGCAAACAUCGUUUGCAGGCAGAACAAGACUGUUGACAAGCCUGAAGAAUCUACCAUUAUAGAGAUGCAAGAGCCGGUGUCACUCACCUUUGCUCUGAGGUACAUGAACUCUUUCACCAAGGCAAGCCCACUGUCGGACCAAGUCACCAUCAGCCUCUCGUCUGAACUGCCGGUGGUUGUGGAGUACAAGAUCGGCGAGAUGGGCUACAUUAGGUUUUAUCUGGCACCAAAGAUUGAAGAAGAUGAGGAAAUGAAGGCAUGAUUGUGUUCCAAGGAUAUGCUUGUCUUGCCUACUUUUUCCUUAGCUGUUAAAUUGCUGUUUGCUUAACUAUUGUUUGUAAGCAAAAAUGAUGUUAUCCUUGUUUUAGCUACCCUUGUAUCUGUGACUGUUGCUCCAUGGAUUUCCAAGGAUGAAUGUUAGAUUAGUGAAUUAUGCUA